ACUGUUACAUUUGAAAUUUUUUGAAGUUCCUUAAAAGAUUCAUAACCUUUGUUUGCAGUGUCAAAUGCCAUUCUCUUGCCAAUUCUAAAAAAUGCGCUUGUUGUAUUACAGCCUGUUAAUGCGUGAAGCGACAAUAACGUUUUUUAUAGAUCUUCUCCAAUAUUAUUAACAAUAUCCGUAAUAGAAAUUAAUCUUUUUUUGUUUAUGUGUCCUAAUUCUAUGAAUAAACGUUUGUUUACGCUGUUAUCAAUUUGUACGUAGAAGUAUAUCAACAGAAGGAAUACGUCUGUAUCCACUGAUCUGAUUAAAACAUUCUCGUUUUUACAAAUGUUAAAAUCGUGUAAGAUAUGGAGUAUUAUUCUAGUAUCGGCUUCGGGAUGAUUGGAACGUUUAUUCAUAGAAUUAGGACACAUAAAACAAAAAAAGAUGAAUUUCUAUUACGGAUAUUGUUAAUAAUAUUGGAGAAGAUCUAUCAAAAACGUUAUUGUCGCUUCACGCAUUAACAGGCUGUAAUACAACAAGCGCAUUUUUUAGAAUUGGCAAGAGAAUGGCAUUUGACACUGCAAACAAAGGUUAUGAAUCUUUUAAGGAACUUCAAAAAAUUUCAAAUGUAACAGUACCAGAAGCUAUUGACAUUGCAACGAAAUGUGCUUAACAUCUUUUCCGAAAUAAAAGAUUUAAAAAUUAAAUCAUUGAAUGAUCUAAGAUAUAAACAGACAAUGUCUUCAAAUAAGUGUGCCUCUCAACUAUCUCCUACAGAUGAUGCAUUUAAGAUGCACGUACUGAGGUGUAUAUAUCAAUUGAAGAUUUGGACGAAUAGUCAUUUAUGCCAUAUACCGGAAAUGGAUCCUACUGAAUAUGGAUGGACAAAUCAAAAUGGCACUUGGGAACCAGUCCAUACAGAAAAACCCCCAAUUCCAGACAACGUUAGGGGUCUACUUACAAUUUUUUGUGCCGAUAGAAAGUGCGACAACAAUAAAUGUGUUUGUUUAAAAGAAGGAGUCAAAUGCUGUUUGGACUGUAAAUGUAAUAGCAGCAAUUGUAACAAUCAGUUGAUGCAAAAAAGUGAACAACAAAUUGAUGACGAAGAAAAUUUAGAAAUAUAAAUAAAAAUAAAAUUUUGUUAAUUAAAAUAUGUAAGUAAUAUCACAGAUAAAAUACUGUGUAUCUGUGGUAAUAUUAUCAAAUGCAAAAUUUCAAAUUAUAAUACGAGUACGCCAUGACUACCUCGCUGCAUCUGUGUAGAAGCAUUAAAUAAGCGCGCCAACACCGCACCGCGUCAACCUUUAAUCUAUCACAUUUCGAAAACCAUAAAAGGUAUUCACCUAAUUCUUUUUCUAAAAACUUUUCCAAUGUUUCAACGUCAUUUGGUACGAUAUAUAUAGCUACGUACUUUUAUUAUUUAAACAAGUUGCUCGCAUGUCGAAAUUUUCAAUACACAGUUUGUCGGUGCCGUGGUGUAUCAAUUAUUUAAACAAAAACUGUUAGCGAUACGGAAAAAAUUGAAUUGCUAUCAUGUGCGCUGUACUUUCUUCUAUAAACUUUGAAAAUUUGAAAGCUAUAGCUCAAUUAAUAAAAUUUAUAAAGGGAGUUAAAUCAAUGAAAACGUGAAUAUUGACUCG